CAUCUGCCCGCCUUUGGUUCUUUGUGCCUGCGAGACGAUCACUGCUACCUCGAACACUAUGCACAACACAGACCCCCCGUCGACCUGAUCCGUGUCAGAUAGAGCUUCCCAAUUCCACCACCCAACUCAAACCACUUCAAUUGGCGUCGCCUAUGGAGGAGCUAAUCAAUGCUGGCCUUUCUGUUCAACGUAUCUACCAUUGUGGGGAAUUGGCCAACAACGAGGUCGGAGGCCCAUCGCAAUAUCCCGUCGCUACGACGAGACGCACUCUAUUACAUCACCAACGUUCAAUGCCAUUCGGGACAUUCGUUACAUGUCUCACUCAGGGCCAGGGCCGAAGGAACGGACGUUGCUGCACAUAUCGACCUAUUCAUCGGACCUGUCACUUCAAUUCGCUCCUCUGCCACACCCAUUGGAGUUACCCAUCCCGGUCUGGCCGACCUUCUGGACCCCGGAUAUCAGUUCCUCGUCAAUGCCCCUGGGAAAAACCAUCCGAUGGCAGCCCAAUGACACGGGCAGACGGGACAGCCUUGCUAUUGCACCUUCAUCGGCCGCUAAUCAGGUUCACACUCGUCCACCAUGCAACCUCACCGGCCGCUUCCCCGUGCAUGACUGAAGUACGGAUUAAGGUAUGGCUGCAUACUGAGAGCAUGGUUCAACCCACGGCCGCCUCAUUCAUUGAGCGUCGCUUAGAGCAAUUUUUCAAGCUGAUGCACAAGCUUCAGGUACUUGCUUGUUGGGUAAGCUCGUUUGCCGGGUCGUCAGGCACCUACAUCACAGAUUUUCGACCAUUUUGGCAUGUGUGCUGUCUGACACCUCGUUUGCAUUCGUGCUACCUCCAAGGUAUCGAACGAAAACCCAAUUGGUCUCGACAGUCCUUGAGAAGAUGCAAACGAGCCACCAUGUUGCUUUUGAAUUCGGAUGCUCGAAGUGCAGCCGGUGGAAGCGUGAAAUAGGGCGGCCGGUCCGACUUGUCAAAUCAGCUUCUUGUGGCGCCAGCACACCUUGCAAGAUAUUCACCGUUGAGGGGGCUGAGAGACAUCAAUAUCAAACGGCAACGCUUUCCCAUCGAGCAGCCGGGACCCCUGGAAUCUGUAUAUUACGCAGUACGCCACUACGGGAAUAUUCGCAUGUAUUGUGGCAACCUUGUCGAGCAGUAGUCGAGCCUGACUUGCAACCCAACUGGACCUCGCUGAGAUCAUAAACUCGACUCUCGGAUUGAUCUCAACGAUAACUAGGCAAUACAUGAGCGUUGGUGAGCCCUCCUCCGCCUCGGA